AUGGGCUCUCUGGGCACCGACGAACCUCUGGAUUUCUACUCCUCACCUUACCUUGCAGAGCACUAUGACCUCAUCUGCGCACAAGAGGGUUCCUUCUUCAAAGACAUUGAGAUCUUUUCUGCGGAGCUGAUGCAAAUCCGAGACCGCAAACGCGCCAAAUUCCAGGACCCCGAUGCGCUUGUUGUCAUCGAUGUGGGCACCGGGACCGGUCGAGCUCUGCACGGUCUUGCACAGAAGGCAUUGAAAAACGGCAUAGAUCUCUCCAAGGUGACAUUCCUGGGUUUCGAUUUAUCCCAGGAUAUGGUCAAUCGGGCAGCUCAGACGCGCGACCUCACCGGGGUGGGGCAUGUCGAGUGGGUAUGCGCUUCGGCGGUGGAUCUGGACAGCGUUGUGUGCGCCCGGGGCUUCCACGGGAAGGUUGACCUGAUUAUGUUUGCUGAUGGUGGAAUUCUACACCUCACCACACCGGAGGAAGGGCACAAGUUCCUGCGUGGACUCGAAAUGUCGCUUAGGCCGGGUAUAGGUCGAGCCUGUAUCUCGGUCACCAAUCGAGAAUCUGUGGAUGAUCUGCAUUACUACGAUACUGAGGCCUCCGGAAAGGGUGCCGUUGAGUAUGAGAGUCAACAUUUUCCGAACCUCAUCUAUCGGAAUACUUUGACUGGGAUUACGGAAGAGGGCACAGUUGGCAUCUCGACGUUCCAAUUUGAAGUAUGGAAAGUACAGGAAGAUGGCCGCCGAGAGCUCGUUGAGAGUCGAGUGACUCGAUUGGCAGGAAGAUGGUGGACGCAAAGCGAAAUGAAAGAUCUGAUUGGGGAAGUCCCUGGCAUUUACCUUGCCGAGAUCGCCUCCCCCGACAACCGCCAGAUAUUCUACACUGUGGAAGUUCAACAGUAA